UCUAAUGUAAAUUGUCAACGUCAUUAUCAUCUGUGAAUUGAGGUUAUAAAGUUAAACUGUUUUGAUUUGUAAUUUGUUGUACUAAAUAAUAUUUCAAAAUGUCCAAGUCCGUAGCCCGUUUAAAAUCAAUGAAGAAAGUUUCGGAUAAAAUAGAUCACUCAUCCAAAUUGCGUACAAACGUACCUGCAGGAAUGGCUUCUGCUGGGCCCCCCUUAGGACCGAUGUUAGGACAGCGGAAUAUUAAUAUUGCAGCGUUUUGUAAAGAUUUUAAUGAGCGAACAGCAAACAUUAAACCAGGAAUUCCAUUACCAGUUCGUGUUAAAGUAAACCCCGAUCGAUCUUACCAACUAACCAUACACCAACCACCAUCGUCUUAUUUCUUAAAACAAGCAGCUGGGGUUAACCGUGGUGCUAUGGAACCAGUAAAGGAAAUGUGUGGUAAAAUUACCAUCAAGCAUAUAUAUGAGAUAGCUAAAAUCAAAUCUCAAGACCCUCCACUUGAAUGGAGACCAUUGCAGGAAAUCUGUACAAUGUUACUUUCACAAGCAAGGACAUGUGGCAUUGAAGUUGUGCGAUCCUUAGAUCCAAAGGAGUAUGGUGAAUUUUUAAAUGAAAGAAAAGCUAUAGUAGAGGCACAAAAGAAGAUGUUACAAGAAAAGAGAGAAGCAAAAAUGUUAAGAACUGCUUAAUUAUUAUAUACUUUGUAAAUAGUAUUAGUUAUUUGAAAUUAGUUUAUCUAAUAAAUGUAGUUAAUAUGCCAAUA